AUGGAUGAGUUGCAAUCUUUCUACAUCACAGACCAUGCCCACAUCUGUGAUAUUGCAGAUCUGUCAUAUAUUCCACCCUUGAUAUGGGGGAAGAGUGGACAUAUCCAGACUGCUUUGUAUGGGAAGAUGGGAAGAGUAAGGUCACCUCAUCCUUAUGGCCACCGAAAGUUCAUCACCAUGUCAGAUGGAGCUACUUCUACUUUUGAUCUCUUUGAACCUUUGGCUGAACAUUGUAUUGGAGAUGAUGUCACAAUGGUCAUUUGCCCUGGAAUUGCCAACCAUAGUGAGAAGCAGUAUAUCCGAACCUUUGUCGACUAUGCCCAGAAAAAUGGCUAUCGAUGUGCUGUGCUGAACCACCUGGGUGCACUACCCAAUAUUGAGCUGACAUCUCCUCGAAUGUUCACUUAUGGUUGUACCUGGGAAUUUGGAGCUAUGGUGAGCUACAUCAAGAAGACUUAUCCCCAGACCCAACUAGUUGUAGUGGGCUUUAGUCUGGGUGGAAACAUUGUGUGUAAAUACCUGGGUGAAACCCAGGCAAAUCAAGACAGAGUCCUUUGCUGUGUCAGUGUAUGUCAAGGAUACAGUGCGUUAAGGGCACAGGAAACCUUCAUGCAGUGGGAUCAGUGCCGAAGAUUUUACAACUUCCUCAUGGCUGACAACAUGAAGAAAAUCAUCCUCUCUCACAGGCAAGUUCUUUUUGGAAACAAUGUUAAGAAACCUCAAAGCCUAGAGGAUACUGACUUGAGCAGAUUGUACACAGCAACAUCUCUUAUGCAAAUUGAUGACAAUGUGAUGAGAAAGUUCCAUGGCUAUAAUUCCCUGAAAGAAUAUUAUGAAGAAGAAAGCUGCAUGAGGUAUCUGCACAGGAUUUAUGUUCCUCUCAUGCUAGUGAAUGCUGCUGAUGACCCCUUGGUACAUGAUAGUCUCUUAUCAAUCCCCAAAGCUCUUUCAGAGAAACGAGAGAAUGUCAUAUUCGUGCUGCCACUUCAUGGAGGUCACUUGGGCUUCUUUGAGGGUGCUGUUCUUUUCCCAGAACCCCUGACUUGGAUGGAUAAGCUGGUGGUGCAGUAUGCCAAUGCUAUUUGCCAAUGGGAGCGUAACAAAUCCCAGUGCUCAGACACAGAGCAAAUGGAUGCCGAUUUGGAGUGAUGCCCUUACAAACUCAGAAGCACUCCAGCGGCCCCUCCCUCUGGAACUACUCAUCUCCUUCAACCUGCUGCUUCAGGUUUUCAUCCUUCUCAAUAACCUGGGUAUGUCAGCAGGGAAGCUUCCCACCCAGAGCGCCUCUUGCCAAGGCAGAUGGCUCUCCCCCAGGAUCUUCAGGCUAUUUUUGUGCUUAGGUUACUGGUUUUCUUUAUUGCAUUAUUGGCCAUGAUGAUGAGUGGCAGGAUUCUUGAUCACCUGUCCAAUUUCAGCAUUUGAUUAAGCCAAUUGUCAUCUAAUUUCCCAAUUAAAAAUGUAUCUGAACAGCA